UUGCGAUUUUAUAUAACUUGUUAAUUCGUUUGAUUAUACUGAUAGUCAGUUAAGAAGGUGUAGUGACAGUUUUCACUGAUAACCUAAAUUAUCCAUCAUGACUUGGCUUGGAACGAUCGCUAGCAACGUUCUCCGGAAUAUCGUAUUUCAGGAUAUACCGCCGAACAUAGUUCAAGAAGUCAAGCCUGAAAAUUAUAGUAAUCGACAUAUUGAAUGCCGCGAGGAUGGUAUCGUACUUUAUGGUCCAGGUGAAAAUGAAAGAAAAUAUGAAAUUGUUCUUCAUAGGCCUUGUACAGAAACAUUGCAUCAAGCAUAUAGUUUAUAUAGAUCAGAAGAUAAUGCAGAUAUCGCAACACAUUUUAUUGUGUAUAAGGAUAAGGUUCCAGUACUUGUUCAAAUUUGUCGCGAGAUGUGUAAUGUGAAUAAGAUUCAGAAAUUAUGUGAUACUUUGAUGGAACAUCCGACAUGGACACUGGCACAUUUGGCAGCUCAUUUUGCUCUUUAUAAUGCCUUUACCCAUGCUGAUGUAAAUAGUCAGUUGAACAGUGGAGAUACAGAAACAGGAGUGUCUCCUUUGCAAGUCGCGGUGCAAACAAAUAAUCUGCGUACAGUGCAAAUGUUGAUCGAAGCUAAAAGUUCAUUGGAGCAUCUGGAUUAUAGCGCAAAUACCGUCUAUCAUUAUGCAGCCAAAUCUACUAAAGAAAUAAUUUUAGCCCUUGGAGGUGAUCUUCCAAACAGUUUAAAUAGUCGUAACAGUAAUGGACAUACACCGAUGCAUGUCGCUUGUUUGAAUAAUAAGCCCGAAUGCGUUAAAGCUCUUCUUUUAAUUGGAGCGGAUGUGAACAUUCCCGCUGCCGAAGGUGAACCUUCUAGUCCUAGUUACGUAGGAGAUUUCUUGCACAGUAAACCAAAUGUUCUUCAUGCCGAUGACAUGAAAUUUGGCGGUACGCCAUUGCAUUGGUCACUGAGCAGGGAGGUGAUUAAUGCUCUAAUAGAAAGUAAUUGCGAUAUAGAUGCUUUGAAUUUCGACGGCCGUACGGCGUUGCACAUCAUGGCAAUGAGGAAACGAUUAUCAUGCGUAGUGGCUUUGUUAAGUCAUAUGUGUUCUGUAAAUAUCGUCGACAAGGAUGGCAAUACACCGCUGCAUUUAGCGGUUUCCGAUGGUACAGUGGCAAUAGUGCAGUCGCUGAUCGCUUUCGGAGCAGACAUUGAUGCAAAAAAUUGGAAGUCGGAAACGUCACGGCAUCGUGUGAAUAUCGAUAACAACGAGGGUCAGAAAAUUUUGUAUAUUCUAGAUGCGGUAGGCGCUAAACGUUGUCCACCAGAAAUGUCAGAUUGUAACAAAGGCUGCAAGUUUAACGAAAAUUAUAAUGGUCUCGCACCGCAGCAACCACCAAGGGCUGUACCGCGUACAGUGUUGGAUCAAAUGUUACAUGUUUCUGGGAUGGACAAGAUGGCUAUGCAAGAAAACCAGAAAAUAAAAGGUGGUCGACUUCUUUGUCUAGAUGGAGGAGGAAUUCGUGGUUUGGUUCUUGUACAAAUGUUAUUGGAGAUCGAGUCGAUCCUGCAGAAACCUAUCGUAGAGUGCUUCGACUGGAUCGCGGGCACUUCUACAGGUGGAAUCUUGACUCUUGGUCUAGCUGCUGGCAAGUCCUUGCGAGAAUGUCAGGCACUGUAUUUCCGCAUGAAAGAGGAAGCUUUUGUCGGUAAUCGCCCGUACAACAGCGACGGUUUGGAGAAAGUAUUAAAAGAUUGCCUAGGUGUUAAUACGGUGAUGUCGGAUAUCAAGAAACCCAAGAUAAUGAUCACUGCUGUAUUGGCUGAUAGAAAGCCUGUCGACCUUUAUUUGUUUCGUAAUUACGAUGCACCUAGUACGCUACUCGAGCAUCCAGAGACCUCGAUGUCUCUCGCUUCGUCAUCGAGCGAACAAUUGCUUUGGCACGCAGCGAGAGCAACCGGGGCAGCUCCAUCGUAUUUUCGAGCGUUCGGAAAAUUUCUGGAUGGUGGAUUGAUAGCGAAUAACCCGACUUUGGAUGCCAUGACUGAAAUUCACGAAUACAAUCUCGCUUUAAAGGCUUCUGGAUGCGGAGAGAAUGCGGUCCCCUUGUCUCUGGUUGUUUCUCUUGGCACUGGUCUCAUACCUUCUAGUCCAUUGAAAGAUAUCGACAUAUUUCGGCCCGAUAGUUUAUGGGAUACCGCAAAGUUUGCGAUGGGAAUAUCGGUCCUCGCGGUACUAUUGGUGGAUCAAGCAACAGCAAGCGACGGAAGGAUCGUUGAUCGUGCCAGAAAUUGGUGUUCCAUGAUCGGAGUGCCUUACUACAGGUUUAAUCCUCAACUAUCCCAGGAUAUCGCCAUGGAUGAAAAAAGCGACGAGAUUUUGGCUGAAAUGAUAUGGAGCGCUAAAGCGUUUAUGCAUGCCAAUAGGGAUCAAAUAAAUGAAUUAGCUGCUGUGAUAAAUCGCGAUCUCUAAGUCGGUACAGAUUCGUGAGAAUCAAAUAUGUACGAGUUGCUGAUUUCUUUGCGAACAUGUACGUAUGCUUGUACUGCACCCACUCAAAAGUACGAAUCUCUCUCUUUCGUCCUCCAUUUCUCUUUCUUUCGUUUUUUGCCUUCUUAUUUAUAUUAAAUUGAUUGUUUGUUAAUGUUUUGUACAUACAUACGAUUGUUGUUGAGGAUUUCGACGAUUAAGAAUUAUUUAGGAAAUUUUGUAUCGAAGCAAACUUACUAGUCGGCCCGUGAUAUUUGUAAUCGACGAAGUAGCGCACAAUUUAUUAUUUAUUUCUGCUUUCUAUUUCAAUGCAGA